AUGGGGUGCACCUGCUCUGCCCCUUCGGGGGAGACCCAACCUCCCCGGCGUAAGAAAAGCCACAGCUUGAACUCACCCCAGGGAUAUGUCGUCCACCUCAAAGAUCUGGGGAAGUUCCACAAAGCUGUGUACCGGGGUGAGCUCGAGGAAGUGCGGAAGAUGUUUUACUACAACAGAGACGUGCUAAAUACCACGGACAAGAAGCACAGGACUGCUCUCCAUUUGGCCUGUGCCAGCAGAAAUGCACAGGUGGUAGCGUUCCUGUUGGACAAAAAAUGUGACCUUAACCCCUGUGACGGUGAAAACAGGACACCUCUGAUGAAGGUAUGUAGCUGCCAACUAUUUCAGCAUGAGAUGGUGAAAUCUGCCGUACAACGCCAGGCACAGGAAUGCAUAAUCAUGCUAUUAGAACGUGGUGCCGAUCCCAACGCUGUCGAUGUGCAUGGCAAUAGUGCUCUCCACUAUGCUGCCUAUAAUGGUAACUUAUCAAUAGCAGCAAAACUGCAUGCUCACGGUGCCGCUAUGGAGAUAGCAAAUAAGGAGCAACGCACACCACUUUUGCUGGCUCUGAGAAAAAAGAAAGUGGAAGUGGCAGAAUUUUUAAUAAAAGAAAGAGCGGAUAUAAAUGUAGUAGAUAGGCUGCAAAGAACACCACUCAUGCUCGCUGUACGUUGUGGAUCAUCAAGUACAGUGAGUCUUCUUCUCCAGCAAAGUGUUGAUGUCUUUGCAAAAAAUUACCGGGGAUGGACAGCAGAAGAUUAUGCUGUUUUUAAUGGUUCUAACAU